ACUCAUCAAGAGAGAGCAAAAUGCUGCUCCUGGAAAAGGCUCUUAUAAUGGAUGGAAAUGCCUUACCAUUAAGAAGCUGUGACCUUUUUAUUCAUCUGACAAGGAGUGGAGACUAAAGGAGAUGAGACAGAGGAUGGAUGCUGACAUGUUUGGAAGACAAGACAGGGCUGCAAUUAACUGGAUUUAAGGCACUGUGUGCACUGAUUCAUUCAUCCAAAAGGGUGGGAAUAAUCUUUCACACUAAUUCUCUGGAGGCUGGGCAGAGGUUUUGCAGCAGAAGACCCAGUUUCUCAUGAGACUGCAACUAUUGUUUCGUAGAGGAAUCAGAUUACACACUUUAUUCUUGACUUUAGCUUAUAAAAGAGAGAGCUUUUGUAGCAGCUGAUGGGAUGAAGAAGAAUCCAACAAAUAUAUCUCACAGAUUAGAGACGCUCGACAGUUUACUGUGAAAACAGGACACACCCCGAGGGAGUGCGGUUUACUCAUACACACGCUGCCUGAAAGCACUGCUUUCCACGUAGAAAUGGCGGCGGUCUCAGACUACCAGCGGCACUAUAAUGUAAAAGAUGAGCCGGACGGUGGAGACAUGCAGUCUGAAGAGGGAACGGAGUGGCUCAUGGAGCUGCUCACUGACGUGCAGCUCCAGCAGUACUUUAUGCGGAUUCGUGAUGAGCUCAAUGUCACACGUCUCUCACACUUUGACUAUGUCAAAAAUGAGGACCUUGAAAAGAUUGGCAUGGGCCGACCAGGCUGUGCAGGUCAGAGACGGCUGUGGGAGGCAGUGAAAAGGAGAAGGGCCAUGUGCAAAAGGAAGUCAUGGAUGAGCAAGUCUCUGUGCUUGGGCCAGCAGGUGUUCACUGGGAAGCGGUCUGACUCGGAUUCCCAGACCUCAGGGGUGUCCCGCAGCUCAUCCCCAUCCUCAGUUCAACCAGAUGGACAGCCAGCCAAUCUCACCUGCAUCAUCAGUGAAAUAGACCUCACGCUCUACGAGAAACUGGGAGAUGGCUCUUUUGGAGUGGUAAAACGUGGAGAAUGGCAGGCCCCGUCUGGAAGAGUGCUGAGUGUGGCUGUGAAGUGCCUGAAGACAGACCUGUUGGAACAGGAUGAAGGUUUAGAUGACUUCAUAAGGGAGGUUAAUGCCAUGCAUUCCCUGGACCACCACAAUCUCAUUCAUCUCUAUGGUGUUGUCCUCACACACCCCAUGAAGAUGGUGACAGAACUUGCCCCAUUGGGUUCUUUGUUAGACCGCUUGAGGAAGCGUCAGGGUCAUAUUUUGAUAUCAGUACUGUGCCAUUACACCGUUCAGAUCGCCUGUGGCAUGGCGUACCUGGAGUCCCGACGAUUCAUUCACAGAGACCUGGCUGCACGCAACAUCCUUUUAGCCUCCAACGACCUCAUCAAAAUUGGUGACUUCGGCCUAAUGAGGGCCUUGCCUAAAAACGAUGAUCAUUAUGUGAUGCAGGAGCAUCACAAAGUCCCUUUUGCCUGGUGUGCUCCAGAAAGCCUAAAGACCCGAACCUUCUCCCAUGCCAGUGAUACUUGGAUGUUUGGAGUAACAUUGUGGGAAAUGUUCACUCAUGGGCAGGAACCUUGGGUUGGACUCAAUGGUAGCCAGAUUCUCCAUAAGAUCGAUAGGGAAGGAGAGAGGCUGAUCAAACCAGAGGAUUGUCCACAGGAUAUUUAUAAUGUCAUGCUGCAGUGCUGGUCGCCCAAACCUGAGGACAGGCCAACAUUUGUGUCCCUCAGGGACUUCCUUGUGGAGACAAUGCCCACUGACAUGAGGGCACUGCAGGACUUUCAUGAGCUAGACAAACUUAAAAUUCAUGCUAACGACAUCAUCACCAUAAUUGAGGGAAGAGCAGAGAACUACUGGUGGAGGGGUCAGAACAGACAGACCCUGAAGGUAGGACAGUUCCCGAGGAAUGUGGUGACUUCUGUGGCUGGUUUGUCUGCUCACGACAUCAGCCGACCUCUCAAGCACAGUUUCAUCCACACAGGCCAUGGAGACAUAGACCCACACCGUAGCUGGGGUGCCCCUGACAAGAUUGAUGAUCUGUACCUUGGUAAUCCCAUGGAUCCACCAGAUGUUCUUGGGAUGGAUUUAAAUGCAGCCAAGCCCACUAAACUUCCAAACCGGGCUAAAAAACAACCUCCUCCUAGACCUCCUAAACCAGCCGUUCUUCUUAAGAAACCAUUUUAUGACUCUGUGCUGGAUGACGAUGAUGAUUUGAUAGUGACAGGUGUGAAGAAGCUCUCUCUUAAGACUCCCACAUACCUGGGUUUGCGUCUCCGCCCUUGGGAAAGCACUAGUCUGAGUGACCGCCUUAGCGAAGUCUCGCUCAUUGACUUUGGAGAUGAUAGCUUCAGCUCUACAUCACCCUCCCCCAUUACCGAGACCCCCAAUCCCAGCACAGCGAAGCCACCUGCAUCCUACGCUGCUUCCAUCUUGGAUAUGGCGCCGCCGCAGAGCCCCAAUCGAGCGCUGCCUAACCCCAUGCACCCUACUCCAGUGGUGGAUUGGGACAUGUGGCCCCUGCCUCCUCUUCCGGCCUACGACGAUGUGGCCGUGGAGUGUGCAGAGCAAGAAGACAUGGAAGUGAGCUCCAUAAAUGCAUCUGUGUCACAGGAAGACACUAUAUCUGAACAGACACAAUCAGAAGAUGAUGUUAAAAUUGAUAGUAAACACAACGUGGAGGACAAUCUCUUUCUACCAACCAAGCAUGCUGAGGAAACCCACUCCUUUUCACAAUCAGCAGACAUCUUCAAGGAGCUACAAAGGGAGGUGAUGGUGAAGCUUCGGGUCCCUCCGACUGGACGUUCCCUCCCUUCUUCACCCCUCCCGACUCCUUCAGCUCUCGCCCCACACCGCCAGAUCAUCCUACCGUCCUCCUAUGAGGACAAGCCUCAAAUCCCUCCAAGAAUCCCCAUCCCACCCAUGCGGCCCUCUAAGCGGGCAGGGAUAUACGGCAGCAGAUUGUCAGUUUCCCUUGGAGACAAUGAAGACGGGAGCCGAUGUCCGCCUCAAAUACCCCCGAGGGAUCAUGCUCUAUCUCAACCCAACUCUCGGGCACCAAGCCCCAUGGCGCCGCAAGGUGGCUCCCCUCAGCAAAGAUCCAGCCUCUGUUGUGUUGGAUCAUUGGGUUCCUGCCUGUCCCCGUCGUCAUAUUCUUCCGCACCAUCCAGCUCCUCUGCCAUGUCUUCUACAUCCACGGCCACCACUACAAGUUCUCAGUACGGCUCUACUGAAGUGGCCCAGACUCCAGCCAAGAGUCCAUGCAUCGUUCCUAUCGUGUACGGUGGCGUGAAGGCCAGCAGCACUCAUUACUACUUGCUACCUGAGAAACCAGCAUACCUGGACAAGUAUGACAGGUUCUUAAAGGACUCUGAGGGAAAUGCGGAGAAAAAAACUACAAAUAUGGCCACUGUGAGACCCAUGGUUCAACAGCAAGUUAACAAGCCCAACACUUCGCCCAGCCACACCAGUGGGACAUCCAACAGCCGGACCUCCAGUCGUCUGGCCUGGCCGAGCAGCACCCAAGCAGGUGCCUACAACCGUGUCACACUCCAACAAGUGCAGGAGGCAGUACAUGGAGUGACUGUAGAGGAGUGUCAAACGGCCCUUCAGACACAUGGCUGGAAUGCUCAGGAGGCCGUGAAAUAUCUUAAGGUGGAGCAGUUGUUUCGACUGGGUUUGAAGGCUCGGCCUGAAUGUGUGGAAGCUCUGGAGAGAUGUAGCUGGAAUCUGGAGCAAGCCAGCACCCAAAUGCUGGACUUCUACGGUCCAUCUAGACAUAGGUUCUAAUGGCUGGAAGUAGAAGAACAGCUAAUCUCCAUUCCACUGCAGCUAAUGAGAAUUGAGUUUCAUUUACAGCUCAUUGACUGUGGACCAGUAGAUAUUUGCAGGUCAUUUGAAUAAUCAUUGCUUUAUUUCUUAUAAUCAAUGCAAGACAAAUGCAAAAUUCACUUACUUGAAGUACAACAGUGCAAUGUGAACAGUUGAACCAUGUACAUCAGACUGUGUUUUAUAUAAGUUUUAAAAUAGAGAAAGGUUUGCUUUUCACUGUAUCAUAUGUGACUUUUCAGCAUUCAGCCAGUGAAAUGUUUGUAGUUUAUUUAUUCAGAAUAUUUUUUGCAGCGGCAUAGGGAUGAUCUGAAAAUUGGAGACAUAAUGUGAAUCUUAUCAGCACAGCUAAUGAAUAUUAAUUGAGUGACGUGAGUUGUAAUGGUUACUUUGCCACUGAUUUUAUGUUAAGACAUUGCAGGGUAUACUGUAGAGACACAAUAAGCUUUUGAAUGGAUGUAUUUACCAUUAAGGUGUUGUCACAUUUACAGUUGUUCAGCAAAUUUUCACUGGCGAAAUCUGUAAUUUCAAUAGGAAUCCACAUGACCAGACAUUUUGCAAAGAUUUCCUCACACAGAUUUCACAGUGGGUUCAAGUUGGUCACUUGCAAAUGACCAACAGAAAGCUGCUUGGUGUGAAAGUGGCUUCUGCGUGAAUUUCACAGAAACUUCGCUAAUGUGACCGCACCUUUACACUCCUAUUUAUGCAUAAUGCUCAUACAUCUGUUAACUCUCAUACAUGAUGUUGCAUGCAGUUCACAUACCUUGUUCUUGCUUAUUUAAGCAUUUACUAGUUUUUCAUUCAUUUAAUACUAUUCAGUGGUGUUAAAAUUAGUCGCAGCCUCAGAUCACCCACGGUUGGUUAUAUUUUUAAAUAAUUUUUUAGAUGGCCUCAGGAUGGUCUCUUGACCAAAAUAAGCUGGGAUGAGGACGAGAUACGUCGAAGACUUGUGUAGCCAGAUGUAUGUUAGAAGAAACCCAUUUUCAUGUGCCAUGAUGACUGCAGACAAUACACUUAUAAAUGCACCUACUGUAUUAUUAAUUUAUUAAAUUCCUUGUUAGUUUGUUGGUCUUCAUUGUCUUUUUCAUCACAGGACCACUUAAGACAUAAUGUCAUGAAAUGUCAUUUGUUCUCAGUUGCUGAUUUAGCUGUGAUACUUACUUUUAAGUAAGUGGAACUUAACUCCAUUACGCAUUUUGCGAUUUUGCUCAGGUUCAUAUAUCACAGAAACUUAAUUUAGUCUCUGUGUGAAGAUGGGAAGUCUGUAUUAAUGAAAUGACCUUAUCUGUUACAUGAAUGGAACUGAGUAA